GGUUCGCUUUCUUCUCUUGCCAGAUUACGCGCCUACUUGUUCUAAUCUUGGCUCAUCAUCACACGCCAAAUUACAUAAAUAUUAAUGAAAGUGUCUGUGCUUUCUUCCUCUUUAACGUUGGCCAUCUCUCCAAAGACUCUGUCUGCAUUUUAAGCUUGUUGCAGUCCCGAGACCCGAGAGCUCUCCCAGUCGUUGCAGUUGCAGGUGAUAUGGGAGGCAUACUGCCAAAGAGGACAAGCAGGAGGAGACCAUAUUCAAAUGGUGGGCAUGCUUGGAAUCCGUCGAGUUCUUGGAGUGAGUAUGGAGGUAAUACUAUGCAGGAUCCGCACCAAACGUGCCUUCGUCAUCACUGCAUGCCUUCUCCGCCGUACAAUUAUGCUACACAACCUUCGCAAGCGCAGACCCGGCAGCGUCGGAAGAUAGUGAACACGAAAUAUUCAAGGAUAGCCGAUAAUUAUCGUUCUUUGUAUGAGGUAACUACCGCUCUCGCCCAAGCUGGUUUAGAGUCUUCUAAUCUCAUCGUCGGGAUUGAUUUCACAAAGAGCAAUGAGUGGACGGGCACAAGGUCAUUCCAACGGCGAAGCCUGCAUCACAUUGGCCAUGGUCAGAAUCCCUAUGAGCAAGCGAUAUCAAUCAUCGGAAAGACUUUAUCCUCAUUCGAUGAGGAUAACCUAAUUCCCUGUUUCGGAUUCGGAGAUGCGUCAACGCACGACCAGGAUGUUUUCAGUUUUUAUCCAGACAAUAGAUGCUGUAACGGAUUUGAGGAAGUUUUGGUGCGAUACAAAGAUGUCGUUCCCUGUCUCCGCCUUGCGGGACCGACAUCCUUUGCACCUGUAAUUGAGAUGGCAAUGACGAUUGUAGAGCAAAGCGGUGGCCAGUACCAUGUCCUGUUAAUUAUAGCUGAUGGGCAGGUGACAAGAAGUGUUGAUACUCAGUAUGGCCAGCUCAGUUCGCAAGAGCAAAAGACAGUUGAUGCAAUCGUGAGAGCUAGCGAAUACCCUCUGUCUAUUGUUUUAGUUGGGGUCGGGGAUGGGCCAUGGGACCUAAUGCAGGAGUUCGAUGAUAACAUUCCUGCGAGAGCCUUUGACAAUUUCCAGUUUGUCAACUUUACCGAGAUCAUGUCCAAGAAUGUGGAUGCAUCUAGAAAACAGGCGGAAUUCGCUCUCGCGGCCUUAAUGGAAGUUCCGUCUCAGUAUAAGGCAACUAUCGAGCUCGGCAUAUUAGGUCAACAAAGGGGGAUUUCCCCAGAGAGAAUUCCUCUUCCUCCGCCUGUUCACAGCAGCAGCUCAAGACCUUACCAAUCAAGAAAUUUUCAGCAAAAGGAAACUCCUUGUCGCGAUGAAUGCUCCCCAACGUUCAGCAGAGCCCCAUCAGCAGUUUCGGCUGAUGACAGUCAGGAUUGUCCCAUAUGUAUGAGCAAUUCAAAGGACAUGGCCUUCGGGUGCGGCCACCUGACCUGCUGUGACUGUGGGGAGAAUCUGCAGUCAUGCCCGAUAUGCCAGAGCACCAUCCAUAUCAGAAUUAAGCUUUAUUGACCGCGCUUUGCCAUUUUACAUCUACUGUUAAAACUACAAGUUGAUCUCAGCUAGCAUUGCUCUAUAUGGAAGUAUAUAGUUGACUUUUAAGUUGGAGUAAAGGGCUAGUCCUC